AACCAGUGUGGUCACGUAGGCCCACCAUACCGCAUGGUGGAUAGAUGUUUCCUUUAACUCAACGUCGUAUAAAAUGCUAUAAUUGUGUAUUGUUGUUAUUUUGCAAGGAAGACAACGAUCCCGUGGAGCAGCCAUCUCCAGCCUUGCACACGAAUAUUGGCACAUGUUUGUUAUUGUCAAACCAUCGUUGGAAUACAAAUAAAUUGUAAAUCAUACAAUACGACAAAAAGUGGAGCUUUCAAUAUCCGCUCCUUGAUAUUAAAACAUUGACAAAAAUGAAGUGGUCACAUGGCCCCUUGUUCUGUGAACAAGUAGGUGAGCUCACUAGAGUUUUCUCACAAUGGAAUGAGUGCGAACAAACUGUAGUUCUUUAUGCUCUACUUCGGCGCAUUCCUGCAGUUCAAGCAAGGUUUCUUGCACAGGCAGUGCAACAUUCCUUGCACUCAGUUUCUGAGUUAGAUACGCAGGAAUUGAAUGCCAAUAAUCCAGCAUUUAUCAACUCUUUACUCUCUGAAUCGACAGAAGUUGCUAUUAAUCAACUUCUAACACAUUUGCCAUUAUUAAGGCCUGGGAAUGUAGAGUGCAAACAAUGCUACUUAGUAGCUAUUCCAGAAUUAGUGAGUCACUGUGUAACCACAGGUCAACAUACUGAACAAAUUCAACAACUUUUAAGUUAUACUUUGAUCCAUCCAGCUAUUACUAGUCAAGAUAGACGUUCUUUGACUCAAUGGCUCCGUCAUCUGGAAGAGCGCAUUAGUGGUACACCACCUAUACAUAGUCUUGAAGAAUAUACUAAUACAUCUAUUAGGUGGGAUAAUGCAUGGCAACGAAAUUCUAAACAACAGAAUGAUCAAACAAAUUUAUUUGGUACACAACCAGGUACUGCCUUUAACUUGCAAUUUCCUCCACCUGUAACUCGCCAACGCCGAUCAAAUAGUUUAACACCACCAGUUGCUCCACCUCAUCAUUUAGAGGUAGUCGAUCGCAGUAACAAUGUGAAUUGCUCGACCAGGCACAAGCCACGAAGUUUUAGCAUCUCUGGAGACCAUACUAGCAAUCUUAUCGGAUUAGGCCCAUUGAGUCCUCAGAGCUCGUGUGCAAGUAGUGGCAGUGAAGGACGUUUAGAUGAAACAUCUAAUCUCUCACUUGCUAGUGGUAUGAGAGACGUUCCAUCAUGGCUUAAAACCUUGCGCCUUCAUAAGUAUAGUUAUCUGUUUGUUACCCUGAGUUACGAAGAAAUGCUUCAAUUGACUGAAGAACAAUUAGCAGAACAGGGAGUGACAAAAGGAGCCAGGCAUAAACUAGCCCUUUCCAUUGCGAAGUUGCAGCAACGCUAUACUGCGCUUGUAAAUUUAGAAAAAGACUUAUUACAGCCAACCCGUGAUAAUAUACAGUCGACAUCGUUUUCUCAAGGACCAACGAUACUGGUCAACACCAUUGACGAGUUGAAAACAAUCUUAGCUACGCCUAUGAAACCAAGCCAAGAAAAUGAUCCUCAAGACAUACCAGCACAAUUCACCAAGGUUCUUGGUAAACUGUGUAGCAGAUUGGCAUUGGAUAGCGUGGAUGAUGGCAUUUUGUGCGCUUGUAUUAACAUAUUAGAAAAAGUAUUGCAGCAUGAUUGCUUUACACCAAACCAGAAGGAAAAGGUACAGCAAUGGCGUAGUAGACUCGGAAAUCCACGACCUACCCCAAAGUGGCAACACAAUUAUGGAUAUAAUAACAGAAGAUACUGUAAUCCACAACAGCACAACAGAAAGCCAAGUUUGAACUUAAGUCACAUUCACAAUGCGCAUCAGCAGAACAAUUCUUUCGUGGUUAGCACUCACAGGAACAGUAUAUCCACACCGUACCUACAAAAUAAUCAGAACCAAAGUGUAAAUCAGAAUACCUUACGUUCAGUUCACACGGCCGAGAAACGACCCAGUUUACAAGAAUCUAGUUUACAGCAAUUACAAAGAACGCUGCAGCGCACGUACAGCGCGCCGAGGGAUCAUUUUCUUGGUCAGACUGGGAACAACACAUCCGAAACAACGGAGCCGGAGAUUAAUUCUCGUUUGGAAUCUCUUUGUUUAAGAAUGACAGAACAAGCGAUCGGUGGCUUUGGCGAGGCCUAACGAAUUCUUCGUUUCGAUGACUGGAUCUACGCAGUAAGUCCUGUUUAAAAAGUGGAAAGGGAAUUUUUAUGAAGUGAUAUAUAGAUAUAUUUGUGUCCGAGCUCCGUUUUUUCAAAGCCGAAGGCAAGACUGAGUCCCAUAUAUCUUGCGACUAAAGAGAUCGACAGCGAUGAUAGUGCUGACAGUUGCGCGUACUUCGACGCGCACAAAUUCACACGCUUUAAUAGCCCUACCAAAUGAAAAAAAAAUGUCUAACAUUUAAAGAGACAUUACCGAGAACACUCAGCUUGCGAUGUCUAAAUGACUCGCGAGGAUUUAAACAAAAAAAAAAUAAUAUUUUUUAUUAUACCCGAUGCAAUUAUACUAUUUAAUGAAACUGACAGAAUUUGGCAAGCCAAAUGCUAUUAGGAAGAUAGAUUCUUUCCUUGACUAUUUGCUGCAUCUAUAUAAAUGUAUUAUAUAAAGAAUAUAUAUGUAUACACAUAUGAUAGAAUUUUAUGGGAAGCGGAUUAAAUCGUUUAACAUAUAUUAUGGAAAAAAAAAUGGGGGACGAAAAAGGUACACCACAUUAUUGUGCGAUGUUUGCAAUAUUAUUUUUUUUUUUUUCGUGUUAUCCAUUUCGGGAAAUGGAAUUUCGUCUGAUUUUAAGCGCCAGGGACACAUUAUACUAAUGUAAUGUAAUUCAUUUUAAUGAACUGACUGAUUUUACUUCUUUUUAUCAUUAUUAGAAUUAUCUUUCUUAAUCUGCUCUUGUCGCCACCGUCGCUAUUGCUAUUAAUGAGUUUUGUAAUUGUCGUCAAAAACAAAAAUGCUUUGCCACCAUCAUCGUCAACAUCGCCAUCGUCAUUACGGUUCACUAUAUUAUUAUUACUAGCAUUAUAGUUAAUGCCAUUAUUAUUGCUAUAUAACCCUUAUUAUCACUACUGACGCCACCAUAUCUCUCUGACAAUUAACUAACACCAAUUAUUCGUAUGCUUUUAUGCUGUUACUACUUUUAUCCUCUAUCAUUAUCGCUGCUUCUACUACUACCAUUCUAUCACUAUGCUAUCACUAUUCCUAUUACUCUACUACUAGUAGCGCCACUAUUACUAUUACAAGUACUGCUAUUACUACUAUUAUACUAUCUCCACUAUCACUGUAUUAUCACUGUAAUUUUCCCUAGAGUGGAAGCAUACUUAAAAGAAAGAAAAAAGGAAAAGUUUGACAGUUCGUUACAUGCAUUAAAAAGAAAAAGAAAAGAAAGAAAGAAAGAAAGAAAGGUGGAAAAAUUAACGUAACACGGGAACGUACACGUUUUUAAAAUUCGUCUAUGCUGCCCCAAGAAGGGAACAUGAAUAUAACGUGUAUGCUUUGUAGUUUUGCGCACAGAUCUCGGAAAUUUUUGUUACAUACACACAAUCGAAUGCGAGAGUUACCAUGUGUCUCUUCUCUUGGAAACGAGACUUAAACUGUAACGAGACGGAAAGAACGAAAAGAAAUGAGAGCAACAAAAAAAAAAAAAAGAAAAAGGCGAAGAGGUUUAUACAACAAACGGAUUUUAAAGGCCUUAAGGAUGUAUUAUGCGAACGUAAAAAAAAGGGUAUAAGACUAAAUAUUAUAUGUAGUGACGUUGAGAGAUGCGACGGAGACGCGUCGUUUAAUUGCAUCAUGUGAUUAUGUGAUGCGACAUCGAAAUCUGUGGCUUUAAAUUAUAAGCAUACAUCAUUUAAUAAUACCUACUCUAUUUACGGACUUUAGCAUUCUAACUUAAACGUCGCGAGUAAACGCGUAGCAUAAUAUUUUUUCGUGCAAGGCAAGAAAAACAGAAUUGGAUGAAACGAUGAAAGAAGUUUAAAUUUAACGAUAACGAUAAUAAUAAAAAUAAUAAUAUUAAUAAUUAUAAUAAUAAUAACGAUUAACGUAGUAUUAGCGACUAACGUACCGGCAAACGCGAAACGAGAAAAAAAAAUAUAUAUAAACGAAAGACUGAAUAAUUCACGCGCCGGGAGCCGGUUGAAUUUUGGACGAUUUGCACUCGUUUAUUCGUGUAGGAUAGCUGCACGCGCGCGUGAAUAAGAAACAAUUGGAAGACUGCGGAAGGAAAAACCUGUCAAAAUAUUAAGAAUUAGAGAACGAGGUGCGCGAGAGAGCGAGUGAGCGAGAGCGAGAGACGAAAAGCGAGUUUAAACGAGAAUAAUGUCUAGCUGUAAUUGUAGGUUAUAACGGUUAUAUUUUAACGAUUAUACUCUUACUAGGAUGAUGAAUCUACAUAAAUGGCGCGCGGUGAUUUCUCGAUUAAUUAAAAAUUUAGCCUGUUCGAGCGUGACAUAAUAGGAUCGUCGACGACAAAUCACGGAACGAUCGAAAAUAUUUUAAAAAAUUGCGAUUUCUUUUCGGCAUCGCGAGACUUGCUUUUACACGAGAAUUAAUACACUCCUACACACGAAGAAAAAGAAAAGAAAGAAAUUUGAAGACAGUAAAUUUUACACUAAUACACACACACACACGCAUGCACACACUUCGGAGGAUUCCUUUAAACAAUAUUAUAAUGUAUACAUCGACACUUGAAAACGCAUUGUCAGAUCAUGUUACACAUAUGCACAAAUCAUUAUACACGAUCAAAUCGUAAACGAUUACUGUUACACGCGUACGCGGAAAAUUUAGUUACGUUGGUCCGACUAGAAUUCCAGAGUUUCGUACACGUAUGAUUUCGAAGGAGGGGGACGGUCAAAAAAAAGAAAACUAGUCAAACGAUACAAUUCUAAUUUCUACCAGCUAACGUGUGUGUAGAUAAUUACUUGUACAAUAAUGAUUCCGCGCGGGAUUGAAUGCAACAAACGAAAAAAAAAAAAAGAAACACGAACAGAGAAAACCAUGGAAAACGCGCGCGCGCGCGAUCGGUAAGGCAGCAAAUGGGUGAAAAAAAAAAUAUAGAAAACGAGAAAAAAAAGUGCGAAAAAGAGAUGCAACACAGAAUGAAUAACGAAAGGAGAGAGAAAGAGAGAGACGAGGGAGGGGAGAUAUAUGACGACGAUUUUUACGUCAGAGCAUGCAAAAGAAAAUGUUUGAAAAAGACUGCUUCCAAACGAUUUCAGGAAACUCGUUCAACGUAGAAUUAUUAUUUCGUACUGAAACGCAGUAUCUGAAUAGGCGAUCGAUUAAAAGGAAACGAAAACGACGACAAUGAAAAAGAAAAGAAAAGAAAAGAAAAGAAAAAAAAAGAAAAGGGCAGGACCUGAACUAAGUAAUGCAAAUCGCAGAGAUUAUUAUCCGCGUCGAACGAAUGUAUGUGAUGUAAGUAAAUGAUGUAAUUGUGAGUAUCGCGCGAUUCUGCCAAAGAUCGACGACCGUUUCAAAAUCUACGAGCGGAAACAUCUCCGAGCCCCGCCCCCUCGCGACGUUCUCGUCGUUCGUCGAUUCGACUGAAGUCGUCAUCGCCGUCGUCGCAUAGUCAAGACAAGUAGAAUCGAGCGAAUAUUCCGUACUUAGUACUUACAUUGUCGUUACGUCGAGGUCCGCGGAAACAUUGGGCUUGGUUCAGGAUGAUGACGUACGAUCGAAGGGACGACCGGCGCGCGGAGGGGCGGCGGCGGGUAUCGGUGGUUUUUUCAGGCAGAAAAGAUAGCGUGUGCGAUUCGAUGGCAUCGAAUGGAUAAGAGGGCACCCCCGUAAGAACAGAUUUAAACGGCUCUAGAAGCUUGGACGCAUGCGAACAUACAGACAAUUUUAAUAAUCGGACGUGUUUGAUCGGCGCUUAUCCAUUCGUUACAUUUUGCUUUAAUUUGCUUUAGAGAAAGAGGACUCUGUACCACGAUGAACGGUGUAAUUGUUAAAACACUACUAGCACAGGAUAUUCUCUUUGGCCGGAUGCUUGCGUUUCAGGUGAUCGAUUUCGGUAAAAGACGUGUGUGUACGCGUGCACUAUGUGUAUGCGUUUAUGUAUACGGAACAAGCGACCGAAGACUGGAAUCCAAAUGAAUCAGCUUCGUUUUUAAUUUCUAAGAUACUGAUAGUUUAAAAGAACGUAUUGCGAAAACGAAAUUUUUAAUUAUUUCAUAUGCUAGUUAACGUAGCUUAUCGUUCACUAUAAAAGGGAAGAGAGCUAUCGACGAUCAAAGGUAUCGAUCGAUCUGUAUUUAUGCUAAAGCACCUUCUUUCGAACGUAACUUUCAUAAAACAGACUUUGUGCUAGCAGUGCCACCUAUUUGCAGUGUAUAAAUUAGUAUAUCUGCCGAAUUGAUAAAUUUGAUCGGUGAUAGCGUUUUUAUAUAAAAUGACCAGCUUCGGAUCCACGUGAGCUUCAGGCUUUCCAAGAAUACGUUCUGGAAGAAUAUAUCGAUCCGAUGCUUGAAAACAAAUCAUUUGGUUCUUCUAUAAUGUUUCGAGGUUCCAGUCUUCUUAGGUUGGCUUACUUUGUAUGUACAUGCAUACGCGUAGUAUACAUAUAUGUAUCGAAUAACAUGAAAGAAUAUAGAGACUUUGUUUCAACCGGAAACAUUUUCGCUAAUGUAAACAAAAAAAAAGGCAAGUUUCCGGCCGAAAGCGUCGUUGAUGAUAACCCAGGUAGCAAGACAAAUGACUGUUGUCUAAUUUUGCAUCGGUAGGUAAGGCGGAAAAAGUUUCAAAGAUUCGAAGCGGAACGAGCACAGAAACGGUUGAGACGAUUGAUCACGAUGGCGUGAAACUUGCCUCCUCGCGAACCCCCCCGAGGGCUUCCGCCCUCGAUUAUGUUCUUUUAGGCGUGCUUUGGCUGGCGAACGUGAAUACUGAUGUGUAAUUAACGACAGUGUACGUAAACCGAUGGUCUCCUAUAUAGGUUCUGUGUAAUUAUACUCCAUUCGAGUGUGUUUGCACGUUACGGUUCACCCGGUCGAACGUUUUUCUCGCACCACACGUAAAUAGAUUCGUGACCUUUCCGUAUGGUCCCGUGGGAAUGGAUCGAACGAGAUUUAGCAACGAUGGACUGAGAAUAAACGUUGGCCAGCCAAAUUUUAGUGAGCCGUACUAGUGGAACACCAUUUUUAUUCGAACGUAGAAAGAGGAAAAUUCCGAGCGACUGUCAACGGACACGCGUUCAAUGUAUUCGGAUCUCUCCGUGUCUAAUCGAUCGUGACGAUGAAUAAGAAUGGUUUUUCGAGGCUGGUAUAUUGCGUUGUCGCCAAAGAAUGCCUCUGCUACGGCGCCUUCUGUUAUUAUUGUAAGAGACGUAGCUUUUGAAUUAUCAGAUUGCUAACUGGGAUAUUUUAGUCACGUAAGCUGGAUAACUUGUAAAAAUGCAAUUUUUGUACUGUUAUAACGUUAAAUAGACGAAGGUACACUGACGUUGUAGCGUGAAAGAACAUUUUUCAAUAAAAAAUUUUUCAUACGCAAAAUA